CCGCCGCCGCCGCGCAACGCCUGCCUCACCUGCCCGCAGUGCCACCGCAGCCUGGUGCUGGACGAGCGCGGGUUGCGGGGCUUCCCCCGCAACCGCCUGCUGGAGGGCGUCAUCGACCGCUACCAGCAAGGCAGGGCGGCGGCGCUGCGCUGCCAGCUCUGCGAGAAGGCGCCCAAGGAGGCGGCCGUCAUGUGCGAGCAGUGCGACGUCUUCUACUGCGAUCCCUGCCGCCUGCGAUGCCACCCGCCGCGGGGGCCGCUGGCCAAGCACCGCCUGGUCCCACCGGCCCAGGGUCGCGUCAGCCGCCGCCUCAGCCCCCGUAAGAUCUCCACCUGCACCGACCACGAGCUGGAGAACCACAGCAUGUACUGCGUGCAAUGCAAGAGCCCCGUCUGCUACCAGUGCCUGGAGGAGGGCAAGCACUCCAGCCACGAAGUCAAGGCACUAGGCGCCAUGUGGAAGCUCCACAAGAGCCAGCUUUCCCAGGCCCUGAACGGGUUGUCAGACAGAGCCAAGGAAGCAAAAGAGUUUCUGGUCCAACUCCGCAAUAUGGUGCAGCAAAUCCAGGAGAACAGUGUGGAGUUCGAGGCCUGCCUGGUGGCCCAGUGUGACGCCCUCAUCGACGCCCUCAACAGAAGGAAAGCCCAGCUGCUGUCCCGGGUCAACAAGGAGCACGAGCACAAGCUGAAGGUGGUGCGAGACCAGAUUUCUCACUGCACGGUCAAGCUGCGCCAGACCACGGGCCUGAUGGAGUACUGCCUGGAGGUCAUCAAGGAGAACGACCCCAGCGGCUUCCUGCAGAUCUCCGACGCUCUCAUCAGGAGAGUGCACUUAACCGAGGACCAGUGGGGAAAGGGGACGCUCACACCCCGGAUGACCACAGACUUCGACCUGAACCUUGACAACGCCCCUCUGCUGCAGUCCAUCCACCAGCUCGACUUCGUGCAGAUGAAAGUUUCCUCCCCAGUGCCGGCCCCUCCGAUCCUGCAGCUAGAGGAGUGUUGCACUCACAACAACAGUGCCACCUUGUCCUGGAAGCAGCCCCCCUUGUCAACGGUGCAGGUGGAAGGCUACAUCCUGGAGCUCGAUGACGGCAACGGCGGCCAAUUCAGGGAGGUGUACGUGGGCAAGGAGACCAUGUGCACAGUGGAUGGGCUUCACUUCAACAGCACGUACAGCGCACGUGUCAAAGCCUUCAACAAAACAGGAGUCAGCCCGUACAGCAAGACCCUGGUCCUCCAGACAUCUGAGGGUAAGGCAUUGCAACAGCAUCCCGCAGAGAGGUAUUUAAAAUUUGGUUGCAGCAGGGCAUGCCUCUCUGGUCCUGCCCAGCCAAACAGCCGAGUUGCUUGGUUUUCUUUCGAUCCUGCCUCUGCCCAUGCUGACAUCAUCUUUUCUAAUGACAACCUGACUGUCACCUGCAACAGCUAUGAUGACAGGGUUGUGCUGGGGAAAACGGGCUUUUCCAAAGGGCUCCAUUACUGGGAGCUGUCAAUCGAUCGUUACGAUAACCACCCUGACCCGGCCUUUGGUGUGGCACGCAUUGAUGUCCUGAAGGAUGCCAUGCUGGGCAAGGACGACAAGGCCUGGGCCAUGUACGUGGACAAUAACCGGAGCUGGUUCAUGCACAACAAUUCGCACACCAACAGGUACGUGGUCUGGAACAGGGUCUUCCUCCCAGAGACCACAGCCCAAUCUCAGCCCAAGUAA